ACAAACUAAGAAAAGAGGAAAAUACAAAACCAAGACUCCGAAAGAGCCACUGCAGUGUCCAAAGUGCCCGUACACCACAACCCGAAAGACGCAUUACAAUUCGCACCAACGGACCCAUCUGAAACGGGAAAGUCGGAGUUACCCGUGCCACGCACCUGGCUGUACGGAGCAGUACCCAUCCCGAGUGGCUUUACAAAAGCACAUGGUGGAGGCUAAGCAUACCGCUUGUGUUUGUGAGAUUUGCGGUUACCAGUCUUCUUCUAACGGCCAGCUGAAGGAUCACUUGGUACGUUUUCAUGGCAACGACCGACUCAAGUGCAGUACUGCCAGAAAAUCUUCAAAGUGAAGCAAGACCUACAGGAACACGUCAAGGCUGUUCACCUUGGAGAAAUCGUGUUCAAAUGUGAAACAUGCGGGACGGAAUAUCGUUCAAAAACGGCACUUAGAAAUCAUCAAGCGAGACACAGUGACGUUUACAACUUUCCGUGCCAGCAGUGCGACAAAAAGUUUAAGGUUAAGAUCCUACUGCACAAGCAUAUACAAUCAGUCCACAAGGAAGCAACGCAGGAGUGCGAACAUUGCUUCCAGAUGUUCCACUUUAAAUUUAAGCUGCUGGACCACAUCGAGAACGUGCACAAGAUUCGGAUGCGCUUCUUCUGUGAUGUUUGUGUGGCUUCGUUUUACAGCCAGGACGAUCUGGCGACCCACAAAGCUCGCCACGAUAGUCCCAAAAAUCUCGAGUGUGGCCGUUGUUUGAUUGUGUUUCACGCGCAGGAACAAUUGUCACAUCAUGUGUGCAUCACGUACAGGGACGAUUACGUUUGCUGCGGAAAAGAUUUGCGGCAUCAUGUGCAGUACAACAGGCACAUGAUCAUCGAGCAUGGCGUCAAGAUGAACGUGCGCGUUAAGCCGAAUCCGGACCUUUUGCUGGGGCAUAUACGCACCAAAAGGAAACGAGUUCUAAGCUGCCCAAAGUGUAAGAUCAUCCUUCCCACAAGAACACAAAGACGAAGCACCAGGAAACAUGCAUUGGAGUAGAAACACAAAAUUGAGUGUGCUCUUUUCUUUUAACUUUAUUUUCACAAACUUUAACAAUAAAGAAAAAUAAAGACGUAAGCCAACGUCAUCUAGUU